GCACCAACCUUGUUGUUGUUGUUCUUCUAUUUCUUAGUAUCAUAGCACAGUAUUUCGUGCUCUCGCUUCGCUCCCUUAAUUUAUCACCAUUCCUAAUUUAUUCUAUUUCUUAGUAUCAUAGCACAGUAUUUCGCUCGCCCCGAUUUCCCGACUCUUCCCGUGCCUCAGACAGCAUCGGAUUGCUUGAUCUCGAUUGUCAGAAUAAGAUUCAGCGCAGGUUUGGAUUCACCGAAUCCACCGAUUGCUUGCGCCCCGCGGUCGCGCGCGGCGGAAUUUCGGCCGCCGCCAAUUCGGGCCUCUCCGGAAGGGUGUCCCCGGUGUGGUUCGCCUAAUAUCCGCUGCCCUCGUGCGGGACUCCUCGUGAUUUUCGGCUGUGCGCUUGGCUUUUCCAGUCCCGUGUUGUGGUUCCAGCCUUUCAGGGGAUGGGGCGCCGCGGGUUGCUCAAGGCUGCGCUUCUGCUGUGCUUCCUUGCUGCUUGCUCCGGGAGAGAACUUACGAUCAAACAGAACCCUUCCACUACCAUAUACAACUCGACUCUUGCCAAGAUACUCGUGGAAUAUGCUUCUGCAAUCUAUACUGCCGAUUUGACGCAAUUGUUUACUUGGACAUGUGCCAGAUGCGGUGACUUGAUCGAGGGGUUCGAGAUGAUAGAGAUCAUUGUGGAUGUCGAGAACUGCUUGCAGGCAUAUUUUGGUUUUGCCAGUGACAUAAACGCAGUCGUUGUUGUUUUUAGAGGAACUCAAGAGAACAGCAUCCAGAAUUGGAUAGAGGACUUGUUAUGGAAACAACUUGAUCUUGACUACCCUGGCAUGCCUGAAGCAAUGGUUCACCGAGGGUUUUAUUCUGCAUAUCACAACACGACACUACGUGAUGGAGUAGUCAGUGGUAUUCAGAGGACUAGGAAAGCUUACGGAGACAUUCCAAUCAUGAUCACGGGUCAUUCAAUGGGUGGAGCUAUGGCUUCAUUCUGUGCGCUCGAUCUUGUUGUUAACUACGGACUGGAUGGCGUAAACCUGAUGACAUUUGGGCAGCCUCGUAUUGGCAAUGCUGCAUUUGCUUCUUAUUUCAAGACAUACUUGCCUCAAGCGAUCCGAGUUACUCAUGCCCAUGAUAUUGUGCCUCACCUGCCACCAUAUUUCUCAUUCUUCCCACAGAAGACCUACCAUCACUUCCCAAGAGAGGUAUGGACCCACAAUAUUGGACUAGGAACCCUAGUGUACCCCGUAGAAAAGAUCUGUGACGAUUCUGGUGAAGACCCUACAUGCUGCAGAUCAGUAAGUGGAAGUAGCGUGCGAGACCAUAUAUACUAUCUUGGCGUCAGCAUGCAUGCAGAAGACUGGAGCAGCUGCAGAAUCGUCAUGGACUACAGCAAAUUGCAGUAUCAGAUGGACCUCAACGGUAAUCUCGUAUUGUCGAAGCAGCCCGGUUUGUCAAACGCCAGAGGAUUCAGUGCUCAGUGAACCAGUCUAUGAUUUGUACAGUAUAAUAGCUUCACGAAUCAGUAAUGUUCAAUUGUUAAUGGAUCAAAGGAGAAGGGUUGGAACCAGCAUGCCGAUUCGGAGAUGCUUAUUGUACAUGUGAUUACGUAAUGUAUUGUUCAGUUUGCAAAUAUAUAUUCACACACGCCGAUAUUUGACAAA